AUGACAAUGUCGCCCAACGUCCAGGAGUUGGAUUCACCCAACAGGAAACGCACCCACACGCAAUAUUCCGACCACGUCGACGACUCGCCUGCUUGUGAUACUAUUAAAGACCCACAGCUCGGUCUCAUUGAAUCUCCAAGCAUUGGUCAGUACGGGAAAAACAACCACGCGGCUGCUGGCGACUCUGCAGUCCCCGGCACAGCGGUGGCUGAUUCUAUGAAUGGCCUUUCAUUAGACUCUUCGCUCCCAAUUCCAUCCAGCCUGGCCUCGGCACAAUCGACACCAGCACAAAGCAGCCCUCUAUCCCUCACUGAAGCGGGCAGUAGCGACCCCUCCAGAAUCUCGCCAUCUCCCGAUACACCGAGUCGACAGCUGCCCAUAAUGCCUCCGGCCAAGUCGACUCAGUCUGCAGGGCAAGCUCCCCCGGCCAAGAAGCGAAAGAAGCUGACAGACGAAGAGAGGAAGGCACAGGCAGAAGAGAAGGCUGCAAAGGAAGCUGAGAAGGAGAAGAAGCGCAAGGAGAAGGAGGCUAGAGACCAAGAAAAGAAGGCUGAGGCAGACAAGAAGAAAGCUGAAGCUGAGAAGAAGAAGGCCGAAACAGACAAGAAGAAGGCCGAGGCGGACAAGAAGAAGGCUGAGAUUGAACGGAAGAAACGUGAGAAGGAGGAGGAGGCCGAACGAAAGCAACGAGCCCAGCCCAAGAUCGGAAGUUUCUUCACGAAGCAGCCUUCAACGUCGACCCCCAAGGAAGCUCGAGCCCGACUUGACCUGCCAGGCACCGCUAGAAGCCCGUCCCCGGCCAUCCAAGAGCGAAAUGAGUACCAACGAAUAGCGCAGGAGUUCUUUGUCAAAGAGAAUGUGACGUUAGCAAGCAACAAGUUUGCCCUAUCUCCCGGCUCGCAGGCUGCCAGGACAGCAAUUCUUGACGACUUUGUGGCCGGGAGAAAAUCGCCUAUCUCCGACCUGGCUGAAGCCCUACGUCUACCCAAAAAGACCGUUCAACCCCGAGGGAAAAUCUACCCAAGCGUCCGGGGGCUUCUGUCAAGUCAUGGUGGGAUUCAAGCGAGUCCCAUAGACUUGACCACUGAGUCACAGAAUCUGCGCAUACAGACGACUCAGCAGUCGCUGAAGAAAAUACCUUUGAAGCAUCUCAAGUUCCACGAGGAUGUCCGACCGGCCUACUAUGGUACCGCUACCAGCGUCGAGUCUCUUGCUAGUCUCCAAAAGCUGGCCAAAAACCCUAUUGCGAAAGACCUGCCACUCAAUUACGACUACGACUCCGAGGCCGAAUGGGUCGAUGGUGACGAUGGCGAAGGGGAUGAUGUGAGUUUGAUGGACGAGGAGGACGCCGAUGAGGACGAUGGCGAGGCCAUGGACGAUUUCCUGGAUGAUUCCGAGGAUGUCGGCCGUGGUCCGCGAAUGUUUGCAGGGACCAUGGAACCUGAGAGCAGCGGAGUCUGCUUUGAGGACCGCACGAGGAGGAACCCAAAUCCGCAAAUGUACAAGUUUCGGAUGGAGUUCAUGAUCCCAAAUCUCAAGCAUCAUCACUCAAUCGAUCCUUUCUCCGAUCAGUACUGGGUUCAAGAGCCCAAGGCAAGCGCGCCGAAAGCAGCUUCUGUGAAGUCCACAGCCCAGAGCAGUGUUGACAAAGCUGCGGACGGUGCCAUGGCACCACCACCGGCGCCUUCCGCCUUUGCUGCCCUUGGUGCUACCUCGACACCAGCUGUGUCGAAUGUGCCAGCUCCCGAAGACCUGGUACCGGCGGAUCAGCUUGAGGGUUUCAAGGCUACUGUGGUCGAGUUCAGUUUCUUGCCGAAGGCAGCUAUGAUAGCCACGUUGAAGAAGAAACUGGAUCAUUGUACUAGUACGCAAAUCAAGGCGACGCUCGAUCACGUCGCCGAAAAGCCUAACAAGAAGGGAGACUGGCGGAUCAAAUCCGGUUUGUGA